GUGGUCACCUGGAACGUGGGCACAGCCAUGCCCCCAAAUGAUGUGACAUCCCUGCUGCACCUCAACACGGGCGAGACAAAUGAUGCGGACAUGAUCGCCAUUGGGCUGCAAGAGGUGAACUCCAAGAUAAACAAGCGCCUGAAGGAUGCCCUCUUCACAGAUCAGUGGAGCGAGCUCUUCAUGGAUGUGCUGAGCCCCUUCCACUUCGUCCUGGUCAGCACAGUGCGGAUGCAAGGUGUGAUCCUACUGGUAUUUGCCAAGUACUACCACCUCCCCUUCCUGCAGGACAUCCAGACAGACUGUACGAGGACGGGGCUGGGAGGCUACUGGGGCAACAAGGGUGGGGUGAGUGUUCGUCUCUCCAUCUUCGGCCACAUGGUCUGCUUCCUGAACUGCCACCUGCCAGCGCACUUGGAGAAGGCGGAGCAGCGCAAGGAGGACUUUGCCACCAUACUGCACAUGCAGCAGUUUGAGGGGCAUGCGGCCAGCGGCAUCCUGGACCAUGACCUCGUGUUCUGGUUUGGGGACCUCAACUUCCGCAUCGAGAGCCUCGACAUCCGCUUUGUGAAGUAUGCCAUCGACAGCAACAUCCUCAGCCAGCUCUGGGAGAAGGACCAGCUGAACAUUGCCAAGAGCACCUGGCCUGUCCUCAGUGGCUUUCAGGAGGGACCCCUGAAUUUCCCACCCACCUUCAAGUUUGAUGUGGGCACCAACAAGUACGACAGCAGUGCCAAGAAGCGAAAGCCUGCCUGGACCGAUCGCAUCCUCUGGAAGAUCAAAUCUCCCAGUGCUGGGCUUGGUGCGGGCGGGCGCCGGCCCAGCCAGGGCAUCCUGUCGGUGAGCCAGCUCUGCUACUGCAGCCACAUGGAGUACACAGUCAGUGACCACAAGCCGGUAGCUGCCAUCUUUGCAGUGCAGUUCACUUCCAAGGCAGACAAGCCCCCGGUUGAGAUUUAUGUGGCUGACGAAUGGAGCAGGCCUGAACAAGCAGUUGUCAGGUACAAGAUGGCUGCUGGCUUCCUCCUGAGCUCCUGGGACUGGAUAGGACUCUACCGGGUGGGCUUUCGGCAUCCUAAAGACUAUGUGUCCUAUGUCUGGGCGAGGAGCGACGAUGGAGAGCGCUGCCUGGAGAAGCAACUGUGUGUGCAGGUGAUGUUCUUGGAGGAGGCCCUGCCCAAGGGGAAGGGGGAGUACAUCCUCGGAUACUACAGCAACACCUCCGGCAGCAUUGCUGGCAUGACUGAGCCCUUCCAGAUCUCUCUGCCCAGGUCAGAGGAGGGCAGCAGCCCCACGGACAGCUCAGGCACCAGUUCAGAAGAGGAGGAUGACAGCACACUUGUCCUGCUGGCCCCCAAAUCCCGUAGCCCCAGCCCAGGCAAGAUGAAACGGCACCGGAGCCGAAGCCCCAGCCUGGCCAAGUUCCAGGGCCUCAUCCUGCGGCCAUCGAGCCGGGACAGGGUUACAAGUCGCAGCCCCUCACCCCAGAGCCGCCGAGGCCUCCCUGGGGACAUCCCCACCAUCCACCUGCCCCAGGAGGAGCUGAGGUGCCAUGGAGCCAAAGCCAAGGAACCAGGGUGGGCAGCCGACAGCCAGGAGGACAGCUCCUUCUACCAGACUGUGCAGGAGCAGGGUGGUCCCCGGCAUGUCUCUGCCAACAACCCCCUGGCCAGGGCCGACCCCAGGAACCUGGGCCUGCUGCCUGCGCUUCGCCUGGAGAUGAUUGACCAGGCCAUGGGCCGGCGGAGGGAGAGCAUGGACCAGGGCCAUCCCUGCCAGAGGAUGAGCUCCACCAGUCCCCCUGGCUGGCGGACCUCCCCAAAGUAA